UAGAAUUACAGAAUAUAGAUGUUGGUUUAACUGAAUAUUUUUGUACGUACUGUACGCUGUAAUAUAAACCUAGCAUUACUUAAUCGGAACGGGAUGGGUUCUUCUUUGACUAUGAGACCGGCACUAAUUACGGCUGGUGCAGCUGCCAUAAAAAUGAGCACCGUCAGUUGCGGUAACCGUUCACACGCAAUGCUAACCCGAUCCCGCGGAUGCUUCCAUAGAUCUAGAGCAGUUGCGGGCGGGUGUCGCGGACGGAUGUUUGAGAAUUCGCAACUGCCGCUGCUCUUGUCCGUCACCCGGAUUGCGGCGGGUAGACAAACGAGAAAACGCAGCCUAACCACGAUCAUUCCCAGAAAAUACCACCCGGCGACUGUCGUCGAGUCGUCGACUGUACGAUCAGCCGCCAUACCCAAGAAGGAUUGUCAGGACCGAAUGCUGUCCAAGUACCGCGGCUGCCUUUUGGGGGCCUUGGUUGGUGAUUGUCUAGGACGAAUGUUUGAAGGUGCUCGACCGCCAUUGCAAGUGGCGGAGAUAGAAGCAGCAAUUGCCAAACAAAAGGAACACUCAUUACCAUCCACGGAUGACACGGCAAUGUGUCACGCGAUCGCCGAAUCGCUGAUUCGUUGCGGACACUUCGAUGCUCGUAAUAUGGCCAAAUCUUUUGUUGACAAGUAUGAAGAUGAGUGGACCAAGCAGUUCAUGUACACCGUCGGCGUAAAGGUAAUAUUUGCCAUCUGGCAAGCGAACCAUUUCGCUGGCGAUGUGUUUUCCCCUGCCCGGCAACAGUUUGACGGUCGGGGAUCAUUUUGCAACGGCGGGGGAGUACGGAUCGCCAGUGUCCCUCUGUUUUGUGGAAACCGGCGGGAAGAGACCGUAGAGAUUGCCCGGCUCAGUACGCAGUUAACGCACAACCAUCCGCUCGGUUACAACGGAGCCAUUCUGCAAGCGUUGGCUGUGCACCUGGCCCUGCAUUCCGACACUCCCGAUGGUGAAUCUUUACUGGAUGCCCUCAUCGACUUCGCAAGCGACAGUUUAGAAACCAAUGAGAGGAAGAAGCUUUACACGAAUCGCCUGCGCAUAGCCAAAAUGCUGCUGAAUGACGCGAACGCUACGCAAAAAGAUGUGAUAGAGAAAAUGGAGCAUUCCGUAAAUAUGUUAGCGCUGGACGCCAUUCCCAUGGCUAUCUUUUGCGCCGCUCGGGCACUGCGACCGAUUACCGGCAUUGAAACCGAUAAUCCUUUCGCACGUACCAUUUUGUACGCAAUCUCGAUGGGCGGUGACACAGAAGCGAUUGCCACAAUGGCUGGGGCCAUUUCCGGGGCGUGGCUGGGCGUCCAGAACAUCCAGUGGGAAGACUUGUGUGAAGCGCCAGCGGAAACACUGAAGUUAGCUGAUCGCUUACACGAAUGUGCUUAUACCACAAUCGACUAACACAGUGCAAUGAUUUCUACUUUCUAGGCAAGGUUUCAUGCGUGAUGUUUCUUGGCAUUAACUUGUAGUCACUUGAAUUGCUAUGCCAAGUUGCUAUCGAGAACAGAAAAGGUGCCUGGUGCAUAUUCUAUUGGAAAUGUUGUAGUGCAGUGUUUAUUAUGUAAAAA